CAUUGAUUGAUGACUUGUAAAUUGUAAUGUGUCACUUUGGGGGCCAAACUAAACUGGCUCUUCUGAUGUUUCAACUGUAACAGCAGUUAGGGUCUGCAGUGUACUUCACAGACACAGUCCUAUAUGAUUCAACACUACCCAGGAAAAAAAAAAUGAACUUUUUCCUGAAAAAUCAUGAAAAUCUGCUGAUAAAGUUUCACACUUUCAGAAGCUGAUCCAAUUUGGUAUCUGGGUUUUUAAGUUCUUUCUCUGUUGUUGGUUUUUGUGGUGCUUGAAGAAUGAAGGUGGAUAGGAUUGAGGAGAGUAGUGGGAGUGUGAGGUUGUUGGCAAGAAAAGGGAGCAACAGCAGUGGUGGGAGCAGUGAAUCUUCAAGGUGGGUUGAUGGGAGUGAAGUGGUGGAUUGGGAUGAGGUUCCUCCAUGGUCAAGGCUCCAUGAUGGUGAUGGUAGAGAAGGGUAUGGAACAACAAUUAGGAGAAGGCUUGUUAAGAAGCCCAAAAGGGUUGAUUCCUUUGAUGUUGAAGCCAUGGAAAUUGGUGGAGCUCAUGGUCACCACACUAAGGAUAUGACCCUUUGGCCCACCCUUCUAUUAGCAUUUAAGACUCUUGGUGUUGUAUAUGGCGAUAUGGGAACGAGUCCUCUAUAUGUUUUUUCUGAUGUCUUCAGCAAGGUUCCAAUUGAAUCAGAUGUUGAUGUCUUGGGGGCUUUAUCAUUGGUAAUGUACACAAUAGCUCUUGUUCCACUAGCCAAGUAUGUUUUUAUAGUGCUCAAAGCAAAUGAUAAUGGAGAAGGAGGAACGUUUGCGCUAUACUCGCUGAUUUGUAGGUAUGCAAAUGUGAAUAUGCUACCAAAUCGUCAACAAGCUGAUGAGCACAUAUCUAGUUUUAAGCUCAAACUACCUACUCCAGAGCUAGAAAGGGCUUUGAAAAUAAAGGAGACCUUGGAAAGAAGAGCAACUUUGAAAAAUAUUUUGUUGGUUUUGGUUUUGUUGGGAACUUCCAUGAUUAUUGGAGAUGGUAUUCUAACCCCAGCAAUAUCAGUAAUGUCUGCCAUAAGUGGUCUACAAGGUCAAGUAAAAGGAUUUGGUACAGGUGCUUUGGUUGGUGUUUCAAUUGCAGUCCUAGUAGCUUUGUUCAGCAUCCAACGGUUUGGUACCAGUAAAGUGGGUUUCAUGUUUGCUCCAGUUCUUGCUUUAUGGUUCUUUUCUCUGGGUUCUAUUGGACUAUAUAACAUAUUUAAUUAUGAUGUUACGGUUCUAAGAGCUAUCAAUCCAGCUUAUGUAUAUUAUUUCUUCAAUAAAAAUGGCAAAGGUGCAUGGUCAGCUCUUGGUGGUUGUGUUUUGUGUAUUACAGGUGCAGAAGCAAUGUUUGCAGACCUGGGUCAUUUUUCUGUACCAGCAAUACAGAUUGCUUUCACUAGUGUGGUAUUUCCUUGUCUCCUCCUAGCUUAUAUGGGCCAAGCUGCUUAUUUGAUGAAGAAUCCUCAUUCUUAUUCAAGGAUAUUCUAUGAUUCUGUUCCAGAAAGUCUCUUCUGGCCAGUGUUUGUUGUAGCCACACUAGCUGCUAUGAUUGCCAGUCAAGCAAUGAUAUCGGCUACAUUUUCGUGUGUAAAGCAAUCUAUGGCUUUAGGAUGCUUCCCCAGGCUCAAGAUAAUUCAUACCUCGAGAAAGUUCAUGGGACAAAUUUACAUCCCUGUAAUGAACUGGUUUCUAAUGAUCAUGUGCAUAAUUGUUGUUUCAAUCUUCCAAAGCACUACUGAUAUUGCAAAUGCAUAUGGCAUUGCUGAAGUUGGUGUCAUGAUGGUUAGCACUGCCUUGGUGACACUUGUAAUGCUUCUGAUUUGGCAGACUAAUCUGUUUUUGGCGCUGUGUUUCCCAUUACUAUUUGGUUCCGUGGAGCUGAUUUACAUGUCUGCUGUCCUCUCGAAGCUCUUUGAAGGCGGCUGGCUUCCUCUUGCCUUUGCUACUUUCUUCCUCUCUGUGAUGUACACAUGGAACUAUGGCAGUGUAUUGAAGUACCGGAGCGAAGUCAGAGAGAAAGUCUCAUCAGACUUGAUGCUUGAUCUUGGCUCCAAUCUUGGAACACUAAGAGUUCCCGGAAUUGGAUUGUUAUAUAAUGAGCUUGUCCAAGGCAUUCCCUCCAUUUUCUUGCAGUUCUUGCUGAGCCUUCCUGCUCUUCACUCUACCAUAGUUUUUGUCUGCAUUAAAUAUGUUCCAAUCCCUGUGGUUCCUCAGGAGGAAAGGUUUCUGUUUCGAAGAGUUUGCCCGAAAGAUUACCAUAUGUUCCGGUGUGUUGCAAGGUAUGGUUACAAAGAUGUAAGGAAAGAAGAUCACCACGCAUUCGAGCAACUUCUCAUUGAGAGCCUUGAGAAAUUCUUGAGAAGGGAAGCUCAAGAAGCUGCCUUAGAAUUGGAGGGUGCAUUAACCGAAGAAACGGAUAAUGUCUCGGUGAAAUCAAUGGAUACUGAACAUCAUCCUGAUACAGAUGAGCUUCGGAUUCCACUUAUGCAAGGUCAAAAUUUAGAAGGAGAAGGAACUACUUCUACCUCUAAGGAACCUGCAUCAUUAGCAUUGCCAUUAGCAUUACCUUCCAGUUAUAUGUCAUCUUCGGCCGAAGAUCCUGGUCUCGAGUAUGAGCUCUCGGCCCUAAGAGAAGCAAUGGAAUCAGGAUGCACCUAUUUGCUUGGACAUGGAGAUGUGAGGGCAAAGAAGAACUCUUUCUUCUUUAAGAAGUUAGUGAUAAACUAUUUCUAUGGAUUUCUUAGGAAGAACUGUAGAGGCGGCACGGCGAACAUGAAAGUCCCUCACACCAAUAUCAUUCAAGUUGGGAUGACAUACAUGGUCUGAGACUGAUGAUCCUUGCUGUUUCUUUCUGAUAAUUGUCAAGUGCAAUGUUGUUUGGUAUUUUUCCUAUUCUUCUUUUCUUCUCUAUCAAUGGUGAUUGCUGAUGAAGUUUUCAUUGUAUGUGUUGCCUUGCAAUUUGUGUACACAAGUUAGAUUUAUGUCUGAAAUUGAAAUUGUUUCAGAAUCUGUAAUUUAUGAGAGAAGACUCAUAUUCUUGUUCAAA